AUGACGGCACAAGACGCCCGUCAGCCCCUGGACGCGCCAGCCCUGACCGCGUACAUCCACGCGCGCCUCGGCCCUUCCCAUGGCGCUAUCGCGUCCAUUGGCCAGUUCCAACACGGCCAGUCCAAUCCCACGUACCUCGUGACAAUGACCGACUCGAAAGCCGAGUGGGUGCUGCGCAAGAAACCGCCUGGCGAGCUCCUGCCGUCUGCCCACGCGGUCGAGCGCGAGUUUCGGGUCUUGAAAGCCCUCGAGCACACGGAAGUCCCAGUGCCGCGUGCUGUGCUCCUAUGUGAAGACGCUCAAGUCGUCGGCACGCCCUUUUACCUCAUGGAGCACGUCCCCGGUCGGAUCUUUCAGGACCCGUCGCUGCCCGGGGUCAAGCCAAUGUACCGCUAUGCCAUGUACAGCUCAGCAGUGGACGCACUGGCAAAGCUGCACGAAGUGGACUAUAAGAGCAUUGGGUUGGCCGACUUUGGCAAGCCGGACAAGUACUGCCAUCGAGUAGUGGCUCGAUGGAGUCGACAGGUGCAAGGAGGGCACAAGGUGCUCGCAGAGGCAGGAGUGAAGGAACAGACGAAGCUGGUCCAGUUGCAGCACUGGCUAGAACAACAGGCUGACGAAGCUGAGGAGGCGACGACGACGUUGAAUGCACGAGGAGAAGGAGCUGCUUGCCUCGUUCAUGGAGACUUUCGGCUCGACAAUGUGGUUUUCCACCCGACAGAGCCGAGAGUGCUGGCAAUAUUGGACUGGGAAUUGUGCACGAUAGGGAACCCGUUUGCCGAUGUGGCGACGUUGGCCGCAACGUACAGAUUGCCGACCGACGCCUCGAACACGAUCUUGACUCCGGGAUUGUCGGACGCCCCGCUCCGAAAGCUCGGCAUUCCGUCGGAAAGUGACAUGUUGCUUGGAUACUGUCGUCGGGCCAGACGCUAUCCACUGCAUAGUCGGACGUGGAAUUUCUUCAUUGGCAUGGUCGUGUAUCGCUUUGCUGCGAUCAGUCUCGGGGUCUACGCUCGUGCGUUAAUGGGCAAUGCGUCCUCAGCCAACGCUAUGUGUGCGAUCACGACAGUCGAUCGGCUACUGGCACUAAGCGACGUGAUCAUGGACGCUUCGGCUGACAUCUACCCCGAUCUAGAGCUCGAGCACACGCUGCCGUUCCCGAUUCGCCCACAUGCUUUGCAUGCCUAUAAAAGGCUGCGAAAAUUCUGCCACACUCGCGUGUACCCCGCAGAGCAUGUGCAUCUAGACCAAAUUGCCAAGGCACGGGAAAACGGGCGUGUGUGGAGUGUCGUACCGCCUAUCAUUGAGGAGCUCAAGGCCGAAGCCAAAGCACUUGGGCUCUGGAAUCUGUUCCUGCCUCCAUGUGCGGUACCGGCACUCGAUGGCAAGGGCCCCGAUGUCAAAUACGGCGGAGACUUGACCAACGUCGAGUACGCACUCAUGUGUGAGGUGAUGGGGCGCUCGAUCAUGCUGGCGCCUGAGGUGUUUAAUUGCUCGGCACCCGAUUCUGGCAACAUGGAAAUCCUCGCGCGGUUCUGCACGACGAAACAGAAGCUCCAGUGGCUCGUGCCUUUGCUGAACGGGGAGAUCCGCUCAUGUUUUGCGAUGACUGAGAGGCGCGUCGCGUCGUCGGAUGCGACCAACAUCGAAACGAGUCUUGUGCGCGACGAAGAGCACCGGGAGUACGUGAUCAACGGCCACAAGUACUACAUUUCCGGAGCAGGUGACCCGCGUUGCAAGCUCAUUGUGCUCAUGGGCAAACACCCUGAGCGAGCACGCGAGAGUGUGUUCAAGCAGCAGUCUAUGAUCCUCGUGCCAAUGGAUACGCCAGGCGUGCACGUUGUGAGGCCAAUGCACGUGUUUGGGUACGACGACGCACCGCACGGACAUAUGGAGAUGGUGUUCAAAGACGUUCGCGUUCCAUUCAGCAAUCUGCUGCUGGGCGAAGGCCGCGGCUUUGAAAUGGCUCAGGCGCGUCUCGGACCCGGCCGUGUCCACCAUUGCAUGCGCACGAUUGGCGCAGCGGAGCGCUGUCUCGAGCUCAUGGUUCAGCGUGCGAAAACACGCGUCGCGUUUCAGCAGCUGCUGGCGGAGAACGCACUCGUGAGUUCCCAGAUUGCCCUGUCGCGCUGCGAACUCGACAGUGCGCGCCUUCUUACGCUGCAAGCUGCCCAUCAAAUGGAUAAACACGGCAACAAGGCCGCUCAGCAGGCCAUUGCGAUGAUCAAGAUUGUGGCGCCCACGAUGGCACUGAACGUCUGUGAUCGGGCGAUUCAGCUGCACGGUGCUGCUGGCGUCAGUCAGGACUUUUGCCUGGCGUAUCUAUACGCAGCGCUGCGCACACUUCGCAUUGCCGAUGGGCCGGACGAGGUCCAUUUGCGCACGAUCGCUAAGCUGGAGCUGAGUCAGUCAAAGCUGUAG